AUGCGGGGCUCGGGGCCCCGGGGUGCGGGACGCCGGCGGCCCGCGGGCGGCGGCGACGACCUCCCCAGCACCCCCGCAUCUCUGGCCGGCUGCUACUCCGCACCUCGCAGGGCUCCCCUCUGGACUUGCCUUCUUCUGUGCGCCGCGCUCCGGACCCUCCUGGCCAGCCCCAGCAACGAAGUGAAUUUGUUGGAUUCACGGACUGUCAUGGGGGACUUGGGAUGGAUUGCUUUUCCAAAAAAUGGGUGGGAAGAGAUUGGUGAAGUUGAUGAAAAUUAUGCCCCUAUCCACACAUACCAAGUAUGCAAAGUUAUGGAACAGAAUCAAAACAACUGGCUUUUGACCAGUUGGAUCUCCAACGAAGGUGCUUCCAGAAUCUUCAUAGAACUCAAGUUUACUCUGCGGGACUGCAACAGUCUUCCUGGAGGGCUGGGGACCUGUAAGGAAACUUUUAACAUGUAUUACUUUGAGUCAGAUGAGAAUGGGAGAAACAUCAAGGAAAACCAGUACAUCAAAAUUGAUACCAUUGCUGCUGAUGAAAGCUUUACGGAACUUGAUCUUGGGGACCGUGUCAUGAAACUGAAUACAGAGGUCAGAGAUGUAGGACCUCUAAGCAAAAAGGGAUUUUAUCUCGCUUUUCAAGAUGUGGGUGCUUGCAUUGCUCUCGUUUCCGUUCGUGUAUACUAUAAAAAAUGCCCUUCUGUGGUACGACACUUGGCUGUCUUCCCUGACACAAUCACUGGAGCUGAUUCUUCACAGUUGCUUGAAGUGUCGGGCUCCUGUGUCAACCAUUCUGUGACAGAUGAACCACCCAAAAUGCACUGCAGCGCUGAAGGGGAGUGGCUGGUGCCCAUCGGGAAGUGCAUGUGCAAGGCAGGAUAUGAAGAGGAAAACGGCACCUGUCAAGUGUGCAGACCUGGGUUCUUCAAAGCCUCACCUCACAGCCAGAGCUGCAGCAAAUGUCCACCUCACAGUUAUACCCAUGAGGAAGCUUCAACCUCUUGUGUCUGUGAAAAGGAUUAUUUCAGGAGGGAGUCUGAUCCACCCACAAUGGCAUGCACAAGACCCCCCUCAGCUCCUCGGAAUGCCAUCUCAAAUGUUAAUGAAACUAGUGUCUUUCUGGAAUGGAUUCCUCCUGCUGACACUGGUGGAAGGAAAGAUGUGUCAUAUUAUAUUGCAUGCAAGAAGUGCAACUCACAUGCAGGUGUGUGUGACGAGUGUGGCGGUCAUGUCAGGUACCUCCCCCAGCAAAUCGGCCUGAAAAACACCUCUGUCAUGAUGGUGGAUCUGCUUGCUCACACAAACUAUACCUUUGAGAUUGAGGCAGUGAAUGGAGUGUCCGACCUGAGCCCAGGAGCCCGGCAGUAUGUGUCUGUAAAUGUAACCACAAAUCAAGCAGCUCCUUCUCCAGUCACCAAUGUGAAAAAGGGGAAAAUUGCAAAAAACAGCAUCUCUUUGUCUUGGCAAGAGCCAGAUCGCCCCAAUGGAAUCAUCCUGGAGUAUGAAAUCAAAUAUUUUGAAAAGGACCAAGAGACCAGCUAUACAAUUAUCAAAUCUAAAGAGACAACUAUAACUGCAGAGGGCUUGAAACCAGCUUCAGUAUAUGUCUUCCAAAUUCGAGCACGCACAGCAGCAGGCUAUGGUGUCUUCAGUCGAAGAUUUGAGUUUGAAACCAUCCCAGUGUCAGUUGCAGCAUCCAGCGAUCAAAGCCAGAUUCCUAUAAUUGCUGUGUCUGUGACAGUGGGAGUCAUUUUGUUGGCAGUGGUUAUUGGCUUCCUCCUCAGUGGAAGUUGCUGCGAUUGUGGCUGUGGAAGGGCUUCUUCCCUGUGCGCUGUUGCCCAUCCAAGCCUAAUAUGGCGGUGUGGUUACAGCAAAGCAAAACAAGAUCCAGAAGAGGAAAAGAUGCAUUUUCAUAAUGGGCACAUUAAACUGCCAGGAGUAAGAACUUAUAUUGAUCCACACACCUAUGAGGAUCCCAAUCAAGCUGUCCAUGAAUUUGCCAAGGAGAUAGAAGCUUCAUGCAUCACCAUUGAAAGAGUUAUUGGAGCGGGUGAAUUUGGUGAAGUUUGUAGUGGACGUUUGAAACUUCCAGGAAAACGAGAAUUACCUGUGGCAAUUAAAACCCUUAAAGUAGGCUAUACUGAAAAGCAACGCAGAGAUUUCCUGGGUGAAGCAAGUAUCAUGGGGCAGUUUGACCAUCCUAACAUCAUUCACUUAGAAGGUGUAGUGACCAAAAUUACACAUACAGGUAAACCAGUGAUGAUAGUGACAGAAUAUAUGGAAAAUGGCUCUUUAGAUACAUUUUUAAAGAAAAAUGACGGGCAGUUCACUGUGAUCCAGCUGGUUGGUAUGCUGAGAGGCAUCGCUGCAGGAAUGAAGUACCUUUCUGACAUGGGCUACGUGCAUAGAGACCUUGCUGCCAGAAACAUCUUAAUAAAUAGUAACCUUGUGUGCAAAGUGUCUGACUUUGGGCUUUCCAGGGUACUGGAAGAUGAUCCUGAAGCAGCCUACACCACUAGGGGAGGAAAAAUUCCAAUCAGAUGGACUGCCCCAGAAGCUAUCGCUUUCCGAAAGUUUACCUCUGCCAGUGAUGUCUGGAGCUAUGGGAUUGUGAUGUGGGAGGUUGUGUCUUAUGGAGAGAGACCCUACUGGGAGAUGACCAACCAAGAUGUGAUUAAAGCUGUAGAGGAAGGCUACCGUCUGCCAAGCCCCAUGGACUGUCCUGCUGCUCUCUACCAAUUAAUGCUGGAUUGCUGGCAGAAAGACCGAAAUAGCAGGCCCAAGUUUGAUGAAAUCGUCAACAUGUUGGACAAGCUGAUCCGUAACCCAAGUAGCUUGAAGACGCUGGUUAAUGCAUCGAGCAGAGUACCUAAUUUGUUAGCAGAACAUGGCUCACUGGGGUCCGGGGCCUACAGAUCAGUAGGUGAAUGGCUAGAAGCAAUCAAAAUGGGCCGAUAUACAGAGAUUUUCAUGGAAAAUGGAUACAGUUCAAUGGACGCUGUGGCUCAGGUGACCUUGGAGGAUUUGAGACGGCUUGGAGUGACUCUUGUUGGUCACCAGAAGAAGAUUAUGAACAGCCUUCAAGAAAUGAAGGUGCAGCUGGUCAACGGGAUGGUGCCAUUGUAA